AUGGAGAUCACGCUGGUGACAUUGUUAAGGGUGGCUUGGAUUGGGGGGACUUUGCCUAUUCUGAUUGCUUCAAUCCCUUCGUCUAAGCUCAAUUGGGUUCAUGAUUUGCUGUCGGGCUUUGCAAAACGUGGCAAGACUCUGCAAUCAUCAUCAAGUAGAUUCACAGUCCCGCAGAGAUUCUUCGGCCACUUUUAUGUAUUGGCUGUUAUUUGGACAACAACUUUACUGGUUGCCACAUGGGUUUACGCGUAUAGCGUGACGCCAUUAGUCUCUGAGCCAAUGCAGUUUUCUAGCAUUACCAGCUACUUAACUGGGGGUCCGCAGAGUUUUUGGUUGCAUGAGUCCAGGUCGAUGAAGCUGGAAAAAAGACGGGGGGUUUGGCUUUAUGUUUUUCUACUUUUGUUGAUGGAAGCUCAAGUAUUAAGACGUCUUUAUGAGACAAUAUAUGUGUUUAAGUAUAGUCCCUCCGCGAGGAUGCACAUCUUUGGCUAUAUCACCGGGUUAUAUUUUUAUGCGGCUGCUCCAUUAUCACUUUGCUGUACUUACAUGGACGAAGUGUUCCAUUACGCCUUGAACUUGAUUCAAGAGUUCAUAGUUAAGGGAAAGGAUCAUAUGCAAGUCACUGAAACUAAUUGGUGGGGGUUCGUGAACCCUCUUCUAAAGCUCAAAUGGCAUGCUUGGUUCGGGGCAAUUAUUUUUCUGCUAGGAUGGAUUCAUCAGCGUCGAUGCCAUGCCAUUCUCGGUUUAGUGCGAGAGAAAUCGGAAGGCAGUGAUGAUUAUGUGAUUCCUUACGGUGAUUGGUUCAGAUAUGUUUCAUGCCCUCAUUACCUAGCUGAGAUAGUAUGUCUACUUUCCGUUUUUGUGCAAACCUUCUGCCUCUGA